GUGAAUUCGGCAAAACAAAACUUUAUCAGUUAAAUGCCUUAAUAAAACUAUUUGUAAAUAAAAUAAUAUUUUUUUCGCCACGUGCUAAUUAAAAAAAAAUUGACGCUUCGCGUUGAGCAAUGUGUCAGCGCGUCAAAUUAGUCGAAGCGAAUUAAAGAACGCGAAACAGGUAAGAAAAAUAUACGGGAAAAACAUCAUUAUUUCAUCGCGCUAACAUUGGUUGGAGUUUAUUUUAAAGUAAAAAAAAUGGUAAUGGAUCAAACAGAAAAGCUUAUUUCACUCGUACACGAGCGAAAACACCUCUGGGAUAGAUCCUUGAAAACACACGCCAACAAAUCGAAGGUGUAUGACAUUUGGGAAGAAAUAGCGGCCGAGAUGCGUAUUGACGAAAUGACGGUCAGGAGAAGAUGGAGAAGUCUACGAGACACUUUCGUAAAGGAACUGAAAAAGAUUCCACAAUAUGAUAGAAUUGAAGCGGAAGAAAUGUUUAACCACACGAAGUACACGUCUUGGCCAUAUUUUGAAUUGAUGCUUUUCAUCAAAGAUCAUGUUAAACCAAAAAGUGAACUAACCGAUCCCCUCGUUGCUGAGUCGGCUGCGAUCGAAAGUGAUGACCCACUGAGCCACGGAAUAACGUCUGUGGAUGUCGAUGGCGGGAAUAACAUGAAGGAAAUUGUCUCAACCAUUCCAGUGCAACAGAGCAGCAGCAGCAGUAAAGGUUCAAAACGGCAAUUGAUUGCAACCGAAGAAAGGGUUCGUGAAAGAUUGCCUGUUACCGAAAAGGGGGACAAACCUUAUCAUGCUUUCGAUGAAGACGAGGCCUUUUUCGACAGUCUCUUGCCUCACGUUCGAAAGUUGAGGCCGGAGGAAAAACUUCAUUUUCAAAUCGAGAUGCAAAGUUUAGUCCAUCAACAUGUUUACUGCAAGAAUGCAGAUAUGAAUGAUCAUCAAAACGAAAACAGUAUGCUUUAGAAAAAAAAGCGACGCUUCGCUUUAAAUGACGCAUCGCUUUGAGGGACGCGUCAUCAUCGCGCAAAGAGAAUAAUAGCAGCCAAAACAUAGCGAUAGAAGCCAAACAGUAAUCAAGUUGUUAAAAUUAGUUAUCUUAAACAAGAGAAAAAUGAUUAUUGAUGCGGAUAAACUUAUUCCACUUAUUGCCGCGAAACCAGUGCUCUGGGAUAGAUCGUUGCCGCAGCACCAUAACCAAUUCAAAAUAAGAAAACUUUGGAGACAAGUUUCGGAGGAGUUGGGCUCACAACUACCGAAAAAGAUGGAAAUCCCUACGUGACUCUUUCUCCAAGGAAUUUAAAAAAAUGUCGGCAGCCAAACGACAAAAAGUCAAUACAUCGAACUGGAGAAAAUACUGCAUGUGGCCUUAUUUCGGAGCCAUGCUAUUUAUCAGGGACCAACUUAGGUCGAAAAAGGCAAAUUUAUUCGACGCAAAUCCACGAUCGACAGCAGCAGCAAUCGAAAAGGAUGCAUCAUCAAGCUCAAGUGAUGAGGAAAUGAAACACAGGACUGAAAAGCAGAGCAGCUGCUUGCAACCGCCACCACAACAGCAACUGCAACCGAUUGAAUUCGUGGAAUCAGUAGCACCGAAAGCAAACACUAUUAUUGAUGAUGAAGAUAAAGGUUUCUUUCUUAGUCUUUUGCCUCAUGUUCGCAAGUUAGAACCUGAAGACAAACUCGUGUUCCGCAUGGAGGCACAAAAAUUAGUUCACCAGUGUGUGUAUAGAAAGUCCCAAUUGAUAAGUAACAGAAACGAGGACAGGUCGAAUGGCUGUUCACUUAAAAUAGAAUUCUCUUAAUCGAUACUGACAAUAGGACAUAAGUAUUUAUACUUUUAAGCUGGAUCAAAUACAAGAAUCAACCGUUUUUUCUUAACCGUUAUUAAAAACUACUAUCGAAAUGUUUAAUUGAACUGAAAUUUUCAUGAUAUAUGUUUGAAAUAAUUAUAAACGAAGUAAAAAUGUGGACGUUCGGAAGUAGCAAAUAAAAAAUGUUAAAGCCCAA